ACUAAUAUAUAUACUCUUCCCACUUGUGUUAGAUACUUGUUACUUAGUUCAAUGUUUUGUUUCCUAAAUGGUGCGACAACCGUAGCAGACAAUAAAAGCCGAGUUAAAAAAAAGCAAUAUUUGUUUUGACAUUUCAUUACUUUUCAUCCUCGGGCCUGUCAACUUUGACAGGGCAGCAGCUCAGCGAGGAGCUGUCAGAGUCUAUGACGUCUGUAGUCUGUCAUGUCACUUCUAGUGCUCGAUACGCCGCUUACUUCACGCUGCGGCUUCGUGCGUGGUCGCAAGAGAAUCAAGCCGCAUCCCGUGUCGGAGCUGCAGAGCCAAACGUAUUGCGAACGAUCCAGCUCGGACGAGGAGGAUGGCGACAAGAGUAGCUCCAUGGAUGCGGAGGCCUCCAUGCUGGACGACGGCUGUGUGCAAAACUGGAGCAACGAGCAGAAGACCUACAGGCGAUACCCGUUACGCGGAAAGACUUUUCGUUAAUUGUAUUUAUUUA